GUCACUUCCCCACGCCACUUUCCUCCAACUAGCAACAACCAGCAGCAGAAAAAGAGCAAGAGAUUGAGAGAGCCAGCGCGGGCGCCAAGGGAGAGAGAGCAUCAACAGCAAAUCGACGCACUCCCGAACACCCUACCAGCAGCGGUCAUACGAUCUGUUUUCUUCGCGAGAGGAGAAGCAUUGGAGGGUGGCUCAACAGUCGCGGCAGCCACAGCAGCACGAACGGCAAGGGCUUGCUAAAGCCAACAUGACAGAUGAUCAUGUACGGCGGCAUGGCGGUGGUAGUGGCCGCCUCGCGUUAUCAUGCACCGCUCUUCGCGCGAACGAAGGGGCCGGGCCUAGCGUGUCGAAAGCGCUGGGUCUCUUGUGUCUCCUGGCGGCAUCGAUCGUGCCCUCGGUCGGCCAGCAAAUGGACCCCGCGCAGAUGCAACGCCAGAUCCAGCAGCAAAUGGGGGGCUCCCCGGGUGGCGGAGGCGGCGCCCCACCGCCGAACAGAAUAGCCCAAAUGCUGUCCGCCGUCGGGGCCGGCGGUGCUUCCGCCGCUCGCUGUGCCCGGGAACACCCGCGGGCAGCGGUGGCGGCGACGGCGGGCGCGGCGACUGCGUUGUGGGUGGGCAAGGAGACGAGAAGAUCGGGGCUGCUUGUGUGCAGCAGCCCUCGCAUCAGCUUGUUUCGGCCGUCGGAUGCCUACCUGUCCCGGGUGCUGGAAGCGGCCGCCGAAGCUCCCGUAGCCUCCCCCCUUCGCGGCGUGAUCCUGUCGCCACUGCAAGACCCUCAGGGGGAAGAGGAGCAGGAGGAAGGGCAACGAGAUAGCAGUGCUAGUAGCCCGUCUGCCGAGGGAGGGUCUAAGAAGAGACGAGGCUCGGGGAGAAGGCGAGUUGGGGACGGCGGCAUCAGUAGCAGCAACAGCAGCAGCAGCAGCAGGCUACGCGAGGGAGAGGAGGAGGCCGGGGGCGCAGCCGAGAUUCGCGCGACCCUUGGAAUAAUGAAGAGUGGGGCGGGACAGGGGACGUACAUGCACGAGGCGACGCACGGGAAGGGGGUGAAGUCGGUGUGCGCUGGUGUGCGCGUGGGCAAGGGUCUCGGCAUAUACCACAAGUUCGCGCAAGGUCUGGGGAAGCUCGACGUCUUCGACGGCCGGAGCGAUUGCGAGCUGAUGGCGGCCGAGUCGUCUUCGGAAGAUGUGGGCUCGACACUCGGUCUAUUGACGCGGCCUGCCCUGGGCACCUGGUCCCUAUCUCCUUUGAGGGUGGUGCUCAAGCGAGAGAGGACUCUGGCUGUGCCUCGCUCUGACGAUGAUGGUCAUGGCGCUGGCGGUAGGAGGGGGAGGAGGACCGGCAGCAGCGGCAGCAGCAGCAGCAGGAGGGAAAUACAAAAGAGAAGCAGCCGGCGAAGACAAGGCAGAAGCAGCAGCAGCAACAGAAGCAGCAGCAGAAGCAGCGGUGACAGCGGCAGGAGGAGGAAGGGCAAGGGUAGCUCUAGAGCGGGGAAAGAGGAGGAAGAAGACGAGGGAGAAGAGACCGAACGCCAUCACCGCCAGUACACGCUCGCUCUUAGCGCGGUGGAGGGGGCCGGCUGGUCCGGGACGUGGGUGUUUCGGGUCACUCUCGACGCCGAGACGGAAGAGGUGUGGUUCGAGACCAAGCUCUCACAGAGGAAGGGGUCUUUCGGGACGACUGCCGGCGGGGAUCAGUUGGUGCGGGUGACUCGCGUGAACCAGGACAUGCUUGCGAGGGCGAACAGGCACUCGGCCGUGCUGAGGGCACGAGAGGAGCAGUUCACGAGGGUGUCUUCUCUUGCUCGGAGCCGUGCGAAGGACGCGAAGGAUCUUGCCCGCGACCGGAUCCUGCACCCGGACAAGUACAAACGAGUGCACCGCUACAUGCGAGAGGAUUCACACACCACCGGAGGGGCAAGCGCCAGGCCAGCGCGAUGGGGGGAGGAGCGCAGGCGCAACGACAUUCGCCUGAAGUAGAUGUAGAGGGCAGUCAAACAUGAAUCCGAGACUGCUUGCUGAUCUUGGAACCAACCCGGCAACCUGUCCAACCGUUGUG